AUCCAAUCCAAGCAUUCAUCGGUGGGGCUUCGUGCUGGUAUAUGGCGAUUCUGCUGAGUGGCUGAAAUAUGAGUGCUCGCUCAGUGAAAAGAAAACAAUACCUUGAACCUGGAAAUGACUAGUACAAUGUUCCAAGAACAACUGCACUGUUUCAAAGAAAACAGCACAAUGCUGCUGACGCUGCCGCUUCAACAGAGUCUGCUUCUGCCGCCCAAGUCGUGCAACACAAUGAGAUGCAGAUGACUCAAGAUGGCGGGGAAGGCGAUGCGCGGGCCGAUUGCUCUGAAAGUGAAGAGCAAGAGGCUUUACAUGAAGGCCUCGGGGACGCCAACGGUGGUGCGAGCAACAAAACACACGACCGUGAAGAGAGUGGCGACCGUGACGGGAGCUACCACUUCAACGACUCCCGCGGCGUUGAUGACACCGGUACUCGCAACGGUGAAGACGGCGAUUGCGACCCUGACGAAAGUGACAGGGACUGGCAGAACUUCUUUGCAAAGUACUCCACUGUGAUCCUGCCCAAUGGGGUACUCACAGUGGCAGAAGCAAUCAUAGGUAUUGUGUCAUACGGCGCGCAGUCCGGGCUGAACUGGUCCCAAAUGGAGGGGUUGUUGAAGUUGUCAAACUUCUUGGUUGGCAAAGAUGCACUGCCUGAAACGACAUAUCUCCUGCGCAAGACCUGGUCGAGUCUGAAAGGUCGUAUGAUCCAUCGCCACCUCUUCUGCACAGUGUGUAACGCAUAUAUUGGGAAAUCUUUUUACAACUGUCGACCUGAAGGAGCAGAUAGCGAUCCUCCUUCAGAACAAGACAACUGCGAAGAGCUUGCUUGUUGCACUCAAGAGAAUGUGUGGAUGGCACAAUGACUGACAUUGUGGAUGGCACUCUAUACCAGAAAGAAGCGGCAGCAGGCUCAUGGAGUGACCUCACUCUCACGAUGAACACGGAUGGGGCACGAGUCUUCAACUCCUCUAAGUCGUCCCUGUGGCCACUGCAGUGUGUUGUGAACGAGCUCCCAAUUGCUCUACGGUGGAGCAACGUUCUACUUUGUGGGUUGUGGUUUGGGCCUGGCCACCCAGACAUGACUAUGUAUCUUGAACAGUUUGUGCAAGAGGUUGGACAGGUGGGCGUCAUCACGGGGGACUGCGAAGGGCAAGCUAUCCAGUCAAGAGUGAGAGUUGUAUGUUGCUGUGUCGAUGCGCCUGCACGUGCAGCAGUGCUGAGUGCCAAGCAGUAUAACGGAUACUUCGGUGGUAGCUACUGCCUACAAGAAGGAACUUUUC